AUGGAAAAUUUAAAUCAUCUCAGUGAUGAUCCAUACUUAUAGCAAAAUUUGACUAUAGAGUUUUUAAUUAGCUGGGUAAAUUAAUUCUAGAAUUAUCCACAUUGCUCCUAAGCUAUCGAUUUAUCAGAUUUUUAGAGUGGUAUCAUCUUUUGUGAAUUAGUUUAUGAUGUAGUUCUUUAAAGGAAAGGUGGCUCAUUUUUAAGCAAAGUUAUUACAAGUAAUUUGAAUCAAUAAAGAUGUAUUUAGAAUAUUUCAUUGGCACUUUAAGAGAUUAAUGAUCCAAAUUUAAACCUCACUCCUCAAUAAGUUUAUGGAGAAACAGAUGCUAUUAUUUAAUUAAUUGAGUACUUAUAGAGAAUAGAUAAAAAUUAGUCAAAUAAUGACAAACCUUUAUAGUAAAAUAACUAACUUUACUAAUAAGGUAUAUAAUAAUAUAAAAAACCUCCCUUACCAAAUAAAAUGAAGCUUAGUGGAACAUAUUAAGAAAGUAAUAAAUACAGCAAUGGAAGUACAACAAAUAAUGCAAACCAAUACAUUUCUCCUUAAUUUGGACUUAAAUAAGUAAAGGGAUCUAGUGGUGUUGGUGAUGAACUUUUAGAACCAGAUAAUGAAAGUGAUGCUGCCUACAUGGAGAAUCCAUAUGAAAUGGGCCUAUCGCAAGAUAAUGCAUAUCAUUAAUCAAAUAAUAGCUUUCAAAAUUAAACUCCUGGUAUACAAUCUAAUAGAAGUAGCUAAUAAAAUAGCAAGAUGAUAGAAAAUGAUUAUAAAUUAAGACAUUAGUAAGAAUAUAUGAAUAAUGGAUAAUCAUCAAAUAGCCAUAGGAGCAGCAAUUAAUAAGCUCAAUACGAUAUAGAAAAAUAGGAUGAGUUCGGUGAUGCUCCCAACAAUUAAGUUAUAAAUGUAGAAAAUAUUUAAAAAAUGUCAUAAUCACUUAGUGAGUAUUUCAAAAAAUAAAAUAGCACUAAAAAUACAAGCAAUAAUUUUUUCAAUAUAUAAGAAGAUGGAUAUCCUGUUGAUGUGGAUUCUGUCUAAGAAGGUUAAGCUGGAAAUUAAGAUCAAUAAAAUGCUCCUCUUAUGUUUUAAAAAUCAAGUAAUAGCUAAAAAAAUGAUGAAUUUGAUUAAUCAGCAAGAAAUACUUCAAGUCAAACAAGAUUUUAUUAAAUGAAUAAAAUGAGACCAGGAUCGAAACCUUUUUAAGAAUAGAUAAUUGAAGUACCGGGAGAAGUUACUCAUUAGGAGAAGCUUAAAAACUAUUAGUUAGAGAACUAAUAAGAAAAUGAUGAAGAUUAACCUCGCUAACUUCCAACAAUUGAUAACGAUUAUAGCAAUCGUAACAGUUUUUCUUAAGAAGUUCCUCAUUUUCCAAAUCAAAAUAAUAUUUUUGAAGAAACACAACCUAGAAAAUUAAAUUCUGUUCCAGUUAGAGAACCUCAAAAAUAUACACCCACCAAAUAAAACUUAAUACCAAUGACUAUGAAAGAUAUGGCUGCCCUUUAAUACCCAAAAAGGUAGCUAGCAAAAAAUUAAAUUCACUAUCAGGAUGUAAAAAAUAUACUCAACAAUAAGUAUGGGGAAGAAGAGGAUUGUGGUAUUUAACAAAAAUCUAAAUUCAUAAAUGAAGAAAGAGCAACAGUGAAUUACUUUAAAAAUUAAAAAUAACAAAAAGCUGAUUCAAAUAAUACUUAAUUAUAACCUUAGUAAUACAAUUCUCACUCAUUUAAUUGUUCUCCUCAGCAUAAGAACAGUUUUAUCAUAGAUAAAUUUACUUCAAAUAAACACUGCAGCGAAUAAAAGAUUAAAGAAGCACAAGAAUUUUUAUAAAAGGAUACCAAAGAAGAAAAAGUUAAUUUAAAAAAAAUUUUAUAAGGAGGAGUUAAUAUUUCCCGAAUUUCAAAUAAGGGUGAUCCUUUAUCUGCAACAUCAAAUGCCAUUGUUUUAGAUAUUGAAAUAGAAACAGUUUCAGAAAAAACUAGGGCUAAGCUAUUAAACUGGCUAAAUGAUAUUAAAUUAUUGAAGCAAAUACCUAAUUUAGACUAGAAAUUACACAAAAUAUGCAAGGAUGGUAUUAUCUUUGCUGAUAUUAUCAAUCUAAUGGAAGGUAAAAACUAGAUCAUAAAAGGUUUAGAAAGAAAACCAAAAAAAGAAGCAUAAAUUACUGCAAAUUAUUUAAAGAUAUUUAAUUAUUUGAAAAAUUUUGAUAAAAUGAAUCCUCGAUAUCUUUCAUAAUAGUUCCUAAUUUAAUAAAAUGAAAAUAUUUUUUGGGGGUUUUUAGAUGAUUUAUGGUAUUUCUAUCAUAACAAAAUCUCUCCAAAUGACAUUAGAUAUAAUGGAAAUGGAGGUUCAGUAGUUCUUUAAUCAAGCAACCAUAAUACUAGCUAAUAUUCGAUGUUGAAUAUUAAUAAACAAGCUCCAUCAGCACAGUAAUAGCAAACUUAGCAGCUUUAGCAAGCAAAACUGAAUACUAAUACGAGUCAUCUAAGUAGUAAUUUUAAUAAUAACACCUAAUAAACAUCGUAAGGUGGCUAGUUAAGCAGUUAGCGAAGAUCAAAUUCUUAAAUACCUCCAAAUAAUUUAAAGCAAAUUCAAGAAGAGGAAGACAGUCAUCAACAUUCUCAAGUUUAAUAGCACUAAGAUUUUUUGGGAGAUGCAACUUCAAGCUAAUAUAAAAGGAGAUAAUAUGAAAAUUAUGAAGACAUAAUGCAUGACAACCAUAAUGAAGCUAAAAGAAAAAAAUCUAAUUAGCGUUCUCUCAAAGACAAUAAUAGUAUAAUGCAAGGAUAUACAAACUCAGUAGAAUAAAAUAUAAAUGCUUUGCUAACAGAUGAGAAUAUUCCUUUUUAUUAAAAUUAAAAUAAUAAUUAAGAAACAAGAUAAUUCUAGCAGCAACAAUACAGUAGAUAGCAAGGUUUAUCUAAAUCUCCUUCAAGUCCAAAUCCACUAAUCGCAACUUUGUAAAAUGUUGAUGUUGAUUUAAUUAAAAAUUGGUUGAGAGGACUUGGUUUUAGCCAUAUGCUAAAUAAGAGUGAGCGUUAGUAAGAAUAAUUCAUAAUGCUAAGAGAAAAGUAAUAAGAGAUAGUAAAUUCUGAAGAAUAAAAAAAUUAAAGAAAAAAUUUUAGAAAAAAAAAUAUAAAUGAUAAAAUAUGGGGAAGCUUUUCUGAAGAAGAAGAGAAGAUCAUAACUUAAGAUCCUUUAAAGAACGGAGUUCUUCUUUGCCUCACUUUGAGUAGAAUAGAAAUGUGCAGAGUUGACUAACUUUACAGAAAACCCGAAACAAUAGAGUAGUGCUAUAAAAACUAUGAUUUAGCUUAUCGUAAUAUUAGAGCAAGAACUGUCUUCGUACCAAUUGAAUUGUUAUGGAGAUAGAAAGAAAUAUUUUAAGGGGAAUUAUAUUCUUUAUGGCAGAUAUGUCAUGGUUUGAUGCUAUCUACUAAUAGUAUAUAUGUUUCUACAUAACUUGAAGGAUAGGAAAAUCAAAUUCCUAAUUAAUUUUAAAAUUAAAUGAAUUCAUUUAGUAAUAAUUAACAUUAAAUGAAUCCUUCAUACAUCCAAAACUACAAUUCUUAAAGGUUUAAUUAUAACACAUAAAGUGGAUAAGUAAAUACAUAAAAUUUAUUCCAAAGCAGCAAUAGUAGUAUGAUACCUACUACGUUCACAAACCAUGCAUAAUAGCAUGUCAAUCCUCAAUAACAGCUAUCUCAAUUUCCUUUAAAUGGCACAGGUAGUAUCAUGUAAAAUGUUUCUUCUAAUUAAAUGACAGUAAAUAUGUAACUUCCUUAUUCUGAAGAAUCUAUGUCAAAGCUUAAAUCUAAUUUGAUAGAAUGGGUUGAAUAUUUAGGAAUAUUUGCGGAAUUGAAUGUUGAAUGUAAUGAUUUUGUUAGUUUUCUCUCUCUGUGUAAAGAUGGAGCCGUUUUGUGUUAUAUUAUGUGUAAAAUAUUCAACAUAAAAAUUGUUGGAAUAAAUCGCAAAGCAUGCACUAAAGCUGCAGCACUUUCUAACAUUAGAAAGUUUUUGGAGAUUUUCAAAAGGACAAAAGAAUUGCCUAAUAUAUUCUUCGUAACUGAAGAAUCAAUUUAUGAAAUGAAAGAACAUUUAAUUAUAUAUUUAUUAGAAGAAUUAAUGAGAUAUUAAGACAAUAUACCUUCACAUUAACCUAAUUCUAUAUUUGAAGAGCCUUAUUUAAAAGUAUUUCCAUAAAAAGAAAAUGCAUUUGCAGCUAGAGAAAAUAGCUACGGUGCUAGAGCUAAUAACGCUGAAGCUUCAAACCAAUCUACAACAAUUUAAUAAUAAAAUAGAUCUCAUUAAAAUCCAUACUUUGCAAAAGGUUCAAACAAUUUACCUAUAGAGGCUAAGCUAAGUGUGCACAACUAAAGCAAUCGUGAUCUUCUUAAAAACUACAAUGAAAAUUUCUUAAAUUAAAGCUAAUAAAAUGUAAUAGAUAAUUAGAAUUUAGUUAAUUCAUAAAGAUAAAAUACUAGCGUAUCUCUUGGAGUAUUAAAUAAUAGUAAAAGCCCAACCAAUUAAAAUAAUAUGAACUAAGAGAAUAUGAAAGCUUAAGAAUAAAAUAAAAAUAACUUCCAAAUAGAUGACCCAUAUAGCAUCUUGCCUUAAUCAAAAAGAAUAGAAAAUUUAGAACUUAACACAAUGGCAUCACCAACAAACAUUUAAGUAUUAAAAAGUAUUAAUCAGCAGUAAUAGCUAACUUAAACUCAAAGGAUAGAGCAAGUCGUCUAAAAGAAUAAAGUUGCAUAAAAAGCAGCAUCUUCCCCCAUAUAAAAAGAAGAUGGAGUUUCAAUCUACAAUGACUUUGGUAGCUCUGAUCCUGAUUAAGAUAGCCUUAAAAUAAAAAACUGGCUUUCUAGUAUAGGAUUUGAGGAUUUGGCUUACAGUUUAAAUUUUAGAGAAUAAGUUAUAUACUAAUUUAAAGAUGGUACCAUUUUAGGAAAAAUUCUUGAAAAGUUAGAAUCUAAGCCAAUAAAAGGAAUUAAUUUGAAUCCAAAGACUAACGCACAUUGUAAGUAUAAUUUAAGUAAGUGCAUAGAAUUUUUAGAAAAAAAGAGUGAUAUGACCUAAGAUCUACUUUGGGAUUAGAAUGAAUUAUUUGAAUGUAGCUCAGAUUUUAUUAAAAAAUUUUUACUUGCAAUACGUUAUGCUUAUAGAAAGGCAACCCUUUCUCUUAAACGUGCCAAUGGAUCAUCUGUUUACAGCUAAAUUUCUUAAAAAUGA